GAGUGGGAGGAAAAGUCCAAGUAUCUAAUUAUGGGAAAAUUUUCUAAUACUCCCGGAGUUCUGAAAAUUGGGUACUCCUGCCUAUAGCUUUUCGACAUUUGGACAUCCGUACCACAUCAUCUAAAUAAAAAUAAACGCCGUGAAGUAUUUUUGCUGCCUUCCCUUCCCAGCCCUAAUUCCUCUUCUUUCAAAAGACAGAUCUAACUCUGUUUUUUGUUUUUUGUUUUUUUUUUUUUUUUUGGGUCAAUCUAAAAUCACAGAAAGAACCUUAAGUUAAUUGUAAAGCACAAAAAUAUCAAAGUAUGAUUCUAACACUACAGAGCUUGGACGAAAAUAUGGUCAUACAGACCAAAUCACUGCCGGAAUCCUUCCUCAACCGGGUUUGUUCUUUUUUCUGUUAUUUUGGGUUUUCUGGGUUGCGAUUUUUGGUGAAAUUGUUUUUCUUCGUGUUUUAUUUGUACAAACAUGGAAACAUCUUUGGAUAUUUUUGUAUGAAUGAUAGCUUGUAAUCCCCAUUUCAAAAUUAUUUUAAAUUUCGGUUUUUGGGGGAUUUUUAUUGGAAGAUUCAAUUGACAAAAAUAAAAAAAAUUGGAAGAUUUUAAUGGGUUUGCUAUCUGAUGCCAGAAGAGUACUUAAGCAAGUUCUUCACCGUUUUAACAGUUUUCAAAAGAUUGGUGCGAUGAAGUUGUUCUGUCGUUUGAAAGGGACAGGUGGCUAAGGACGGAAGUGAAUGAAGGAAUAACACUUCACAUUUAGCGGUUAAAUGAUGUGUAACAAAUGUCCAAAUGUCAAAAACCUUCAGUACUCCAGGAUUACUAGAAAUUUUCCCUAAUUAGAACGUGGUUUUGGAUUUUCGAACACCUAUUUUACGUGUUUGACAUAUUUCCAAGUUUUAUUUGACUGACAAAUUUCAUCAAUUAUUAAAAAAAUAAAAAAAAUAAAAAAAUAAAAUGAAAAAAGGGAUUGUGCAAGUUUUAUUUCCGCUGUAAUUCAAGGUCGCUCACUCAUUCUCUCAGAUAAUGGAUUGUUCUUCAAAACUCUUUUGCUUCAUUUUUCCUAUAAUAAUUCUGAUGCCCCUUUUAUUCACCGCCAACUUUGCGCAAUUAGAUAGCUGUACAGAGAGAGCUGAGUACUGCUGGAACUGUACUUCCGAAGACGGCAAUCUCACCGAUGCAAGCACCAUCUACAAACAAAACCUCAACAGCCUCCUCACCUCCUUCAUAUCAGAAACCAAUAACAAUUAUGGGUUCUACAAUUCUUCCUUGGGACAAAACCCAGACAAAGUUAACGCAAUCGCGCUCUGCAGAGGAGACGUUGUGCCAAACGAGUGUCGUGAUUGUAUAAACGAGACGACAACAAGGCUUUUAACGAAUUGUCCCAACCGAAAGGAAGCGAUCAUUUGGGGCGAGCGCUGUUUGGUGCGCUACUCCAACAGCUCCAUAUUUUAUAUGAAGAAAGAGGCACCAUUCAGGUUGCUGCCCAGCCCCAAUCCAUCAGCGGCCAGCGCGGAAGCGUACAAGAAGACUCUCGAUCCUUUGCUAGAAAACCUAAUAAGGAAAGCUUCAUCGGGAGAUUCUCUUAGAAAGUUUGCAUAUGGUAAUACAAAGGUCCCAGACGCUGAAGACAUAUAUGCACUUGUACAGUGCACCCCAGAUUUGAGCGAGCAAGAUUGUAACGAUUGCUUGGUGAAUUCUACUUUGCAAAUUCCAGGUUGUUGUGCUGGAAAAAGUGGAGGAAGAGUUCUUAAACCCAGCUGUACUCUCAGGUAUGAGUAUGGUGCUUUCUACAAUGUGUCCGCAUACGGCGGUCUACCACCACCAGAAGGAAAGAGUGACACAAAACGAACUGUUGUGAUCAUUGUUGUUGUCUUGACUGCCGUUAUCAUCAUUGUACUCGGCAUAUGCAUUUUCUUCAAAAGGAGGAAAGCGAAGAAAAAGCUUCAGACUCCCGAGGACAUUGAUGGGUUGGAAUGUGUGCAAUUCGACUUUGGGGCCAUAAAAGCAGCAACGGAUGAUUUUUCUGAUGCAAAUAAGCUUGGUGAAGGUGGAUUUGGAGCUGUUUACAAAGGAAGGCUAUCUAAUGGGCAGUAUAUAGCCGUGAAAAGGCUCUCUAAGACAUCCCAACAGGGUGAUCUUGAGUUUAAGAAUGAGGUUAAGUUAGUCGCCAAGCUCCAACAUCGGAAUCUUGUUAGGCUCUUUGGUUUUUCUUUGGAUGAAAGAGAAAGUGAAAGGCUUCUUGUCUAUGAGUUUGUCCCCAACGCAAGUCUUAAUCAAUUUAUAUUUGGUAUAGUACUUUAUUUCUGCAUUAAUUUGCUCGGCCUGAAUGUAUUCAAUCUAUAUAUAACUUAUUCAUUUAUUGAUGCAGAUCCAAUCAAACGAAGAGAUUUAGACUGGAGUAAACGUUAUAAAAUUAUAGGAGGCAUUGCUCGAGGACUCCUUUAUCUUCAUGAAGAUUCUCGCCUUAAAAUUAUUCACCGUGAUCUUAAAUUAAGUAAUAUUUUGUUAGAUGAAGAAAUGAACCCUAAAAUUGCUGAUUUUGGAAUGGCAAGGUUAUCUAAAGUUGAUCAAGCUCAAGAAAGAACAAGUCGAAUUGUGGGAACAUACGGAUAUAUGGCACCUGAGUAUGCAAUGCACGGACAAUUUUCAAUUAAAUCAGAUGUCUAUAGUUUUGGAGUGUUACUCUUGGAGAUAAUAAGUGGGCAGAAAAAUACUUCUUUAGAUGAAGAGGAUAACGUAGAGGAUCUUCUAAACCAUGCAUGGAUGAAUUGGAAGGAAGGCACAACUUUAAAUAUUGUGGAUCCUACAUUGAGAGAUGGCUCAGCAAGCGAGAUAAUGAGAUGCAUCCACAUUGCAUUACUGUGCGUGCAAGAAAAUCAUGUUGAUAGACUCACCAUGAAUUCAGUUGUUGCGAUGCUUACCAGCCACUCUCUCACUCUCUCACCACCCUCGCAUCCUCCACUUUUUAUACAUGGUAGUAGUAAAUAUGACAUGCCUCCAGCAUCUAAUCGCAAUUUCAAGCUUCAUCAAUCAGAUAUGAUGAAAUCAAAUAUGAUGUCUAAUAGCAGCAACUCAGCAAAGGAGGCCACAAGUAGUAGCCAAUCUAGCCAGUAUCUGGGGCCCAACAUUAAUGAAUCAAACAACAAUUGAAUAUGUUAUCCAUAAAGAUACUAACCAUAGUAUCUUAUCCUUAUUUCAAAUAUUUCUAUUUUGUAACUUGAAUUUUUUAUUUUAAAUUUAGCUUAUCUAUCUGUAUCACUUUUGUAUCUUUCUAUUAGUCAUGUACUCUAUAAAUAUAGAGGCUGUAAUCAACUUGACAUUGUCAAAAAAUAUAAUCAAUUCCUUU